ACUGUGUAAUUUUCCGCGAAUGCAGCAUGUUUGUUGCGUGAUUUAUUUAUUUUUAUUAAUCUAACCAGCGAGCCGUGGUGACCAAAAAAGUGCAAGCACUCAACAGGUGCUGUUGCUGCUGUGGCCAUGGCUGAAGUCAAGGAUUGGCGGCCCUUUAUCUACGGCGGAAUGGCAUCCAUAACAGCCGAAUUUGGCACAUUUCCCAUCGACACGACAAAGACCCGCCUACAAAUUCAAGGACAGAAAAUUGAUCAGACAUUUUCACAAUUACGAUAUCGUGGAAUGACUGAUGCAUUUGUCAAAAUCUCCAAGGAGGAGGGACUGAGAGCAUUGUAUUCCGGUAUUUGGCCGGCGGUGCUGCGACAGGCAACCUAUGGCACUAUCAAAUUCGGCACCUACUACACUCUUAAGAAGCUGGCCAAUGAGCGCGGUCUGCUGACGCACAGCGAUGGCAGUGAGCGUGUAUGGAGCAAUAUCAUCUGUGCAGCGGGAGCGGGUGCCAUCUCAUCGGCAAUUGCCAAUCCAACGGAUGUGCUCAAGGUGCGCAUGCAAGUGCAUGGCAAGGGCACCGAUCAACUGGGUCUGCUUGGCUGCUUCCGCGAGAUCUACAAGUUUGAGGGUGUGCGCGGACUGUGGCGUGGCGUUGGCCCAACGGCACAGCGAGCUGUGGUUAUUGCAUCCGUCGAGCUGCCCGUCUAUGAUUUUUGCAAACUGCAGCUGAUGAGCGCUUUUGGUGAUCAAGUCGCGAAUCAUUUUAUUUCGAGCUUCAUUGCAAGCUUGGGCAGCGCCGUUGCCUCGACACCAAUCGAUGUGAUUCGAACGCGCCUGAUGAAUCAGAGGCAUGUGACUGUACUGAAUGGUGGCCUUGCCACUGCAGCUGCAACAACACCGAAGCUCUACAGUGGAAGUCUGGAUUGCGCUGUGCAGACGAUUCGUAACGAGGGUCUGCUGGCAUUGUACAAAGGCUUUAUACCCACGUGGGUGCGCAUGGGCCCCUGGAACAUUAUUUUCUUUAUCACGUACGAGCAACUAAAGAAAUAUUAGCAACGUCGUUGAUCAAAAAACGUCAAGUAUAAGAUGUAUUUAGCAUUGAAACCAAAACCAAAAGAAAAUCUAUUUUAAAAUAGGAGCAUAAUUGAAAUGAAAUCGAGCCAGGGAGUUGCCACUAAUGUGCCUGUUGCAUGUUGACUAUUUAGUAUCCAGAAUGAACUUCCGUCAUCUAAUGAGUUUACGUAGGACAAAUGUAAUGACUUUUGAAAUAAUUCCUAAUUUGGCCAGAAGCAUUUGAACUAUCUGCAUUUCGAAAAAGUUUGGUAAAUCCCAUGGAGUACUUGACAAUUGGAAGAGCGCCAAGUAUUCCUCUAGUCUUGUUAAUGCCAUUUAAUUUCAAAUGCAUUUCUUAUUCACAUCUAUGUGUGUACAAAUAUUACAUCUUGCGGAACGCAUUUAGGAAUUAAUAUUGUUAACUUAAGGAAAAAAUGUGACAAAAAUUAGUACAAUUUAGCUUUUGAUUUGGCUUAUUUAGUUUAGUUUGAAAUUGUAUUAAAUCGCACUUUUCAUUUAUUCACAGCAGUUAAUUGAACUAGUUUGCAUUACUUCAAAAAAAAAAAUAAAAUUAUGCUGUAAAUAUGUGCAUUUAGUAAUACAUUUAUAUAUGAUAUAAUACAUACCAAACAACGAUAUGUACGAGCAGAACUAAUUAAUAAACAGAUCGUCUGAAAUCUCAUAACACUUA